AUGUCGUUCCUCCUCGCUGCGCCACCUGAGCUUCGCCAAAAGAUCUUGGACCAUGCAUCCAACAACAAAGUCCAGAUUCGCCGAAACGGCAGCAUCUACAUCAUUCAUUCGGACCUCAAGACAGCUAACACGGUCUUCAAAGAAGACAUCGAGACCGUCGAGCGCCUGUGGAUUCCGCGUGCCGAUACGACCGUACGGAUAACUUCCCCGAGCCAGCUCUGCCAGCUUCCUGCCGUCACACAGCGCCUCAAGGACAAGGCCGCUGCGGCCAAAGAGCCGUGGUAUGGUUUCCAAGAGAUCGAAAUAGUCUGGUUCCACAACAACGCACUUCAGGAAGCGAACAACGACAGAGAAUUGGGCAAUCACCUAGCUCGCACAAUCGGCGCGCCGGGUAUCACUCAUCGGAAUCGAGAGAUCUUCAUGAAGGCCGUCAACGUCGGACUAUCGUGGUCGCCAUUGUGGGAGCCCUACGACGGCCUCGAAGGUCUCGACCCCAACGUCACACGGGCCCUGAAGUAUAACUUGACGAUGCCUACUCCAAUGGCAAUGGCUGUCAGUCGGCUGAAUCGAGACCAGGAGCGAACUUGGUGGGAUUUGGUGAUUCGCAACGUCCGAGAGACAGGCAGCGGAGUUGAGGAUAACUACGAGAGUGCGCAGACCGAACAAGGCAUGGCGGUUCCCAUGGAGGACAGGAAGGACAUAUACCCGCGAAUUGAGCUGGUAGGAACCGUUCCAGGAGGCCAUGGGAAGUCUAUCCGAAGCUCAAGUGACGGGAUGAUGUAUACUGGCGGUUUGCAGUUUGCCUAG